GGAAUCGAGGAGGACAAUCGGACCAUUGCCUCAGGGAUCACCUGAACAAAUCAAAGAAAAGAGCGCGAGCCCUGGGUUGAAGUUUGGAGAUGCCUUCUCUGCAUCAUGGAGCCGUGUUCGUUGGGGUCUUCCUCAUUGUCACCGGCGGCUCGACCGCCUUCCUCACAUCCAGCCAAAGCCGCCUGCAGGCGUUCAGCCUGUGCUGUGUGGUGCUCGGCGCAGUCAUGCUCAUUCUCGGCCUCUUUUGGGCCAUGAACGGAAAGAGUCGGCAGGGUUCCUACACGAACGAAUACACACACGACUACGGGCAUGUGCUGUUCAGCCCCCCGCCCGGGAGCCACUUCCCGGAGUCCCAGUCUGUCUUCUUGCACAGGACUUUGGAAAGGCAGAGACGAGGGCUGUACAGCGAAGAUUUCGACUAUCCUCCCAUGGAGCCGACAUGUUUCAGCCCAGCUGCUCGAGGGCCACCACCCCACUGGGAGAUGGAACCUCCACCUCCGUACGAAGUGGCCAUCAAGACUACAUGCAGCUCCACGAACAUGCGGCGCAGUUACUCGGACACGCUUUUGCCCACCGAGCCACUCUUUAGUCGCUCCCGUGAGAUCAGCUUCGAAGUAUAAGGCUUGCUUUGUCAGUGAGCCAUUAGGCUGCACCCAAUCGCUGCAGCCACCAGCUGGCACGGAGCAUGGCUUACCCAGAGAACCUACAUUCCAAGUGUGCUUCAGAAACCUUAUACUGAAGCUCCUUACUCAUCACUAGGAGUUCUUAAUAAAAUGGGAACGUCCGUAGGAGUGCUCAAAAUCUGCAGUUUCCCCCAAAGCUAUAGAUUGCUCAGUAUUUUCACAACUGGCAGUGAAACUGAGGUCAUUUUGCCCAUUGUCUCCCUGCAGCCAAUGCUAUUUUGUUCCAUACAAGUUACAUUAUACACAUUACUGACUUUACACUACAAACAUGCAUACUUCUACACAUUUACAAAUUCCUCACAAGCAUGAAUCACAUUCAUUUCUCGACAAACUCAAGAACUGUACUCGCUGCUUAUGGAUGUCACAUAGUAUAUAGAAACUCCUGGACUCAUGAAAAUAAGAUCUCUUGCACAAUCGGAACUCAUCAAUGUAAGCACCAGCUCAUGAGACGAAAACAGAGAGAAAAGGCCUGGCUAUAUAUGCAAAGCUUCUAGUUGCUCCUGGUGGUUUGAGAGGAGAUCUUAUGCCUUGUCAGUAUCUUAUGCAGAAAAGACUGAUUGAAGCUGGAGUCGUAGGAAAUGACACCAGAUCAAAAAUGCAGCUCUAUCGAAAAGCACACUGACAGUGGCAAUAGUGAAAUGGCUUGUUGCAUUGGACUGAACUGCUAACAUGGUGACGAGAGCCAUAAGGAUGUAUCUCUUCAUUUGGGUGCUUACAGAGAAUUGACAGACUAUGUCUUACAGGAAACACUUGCCAUUAAGCGCAACAUCAAACCAGAGCGUUAUUUGGUUUGUCACUAGUGACCUUUGUGUCCCCCGGAGGAAACUGACAAUCUAAGAAGCAUUGAUUUGUGAUGUAAUGUAAGUAUUGAAUGCCUUACUGAUGUGAUCACGGAUGACCACAGUGCAUUAGCUGGUUUAAUAUUACCUUGGACUCUUCUUGUUUGUAACAUUAUAAAUCAAGGCAUUUUCAUUGAUUGCUUUCUCUGCUUCGAACCAAAGUGACAUUAAAAUGAUGUGCCUCCAUUAAAUACAAAUCAGGGCCUUUAAAUGAAGGUACUUUUGCACUAUACAAUAUAGGAUAUGCACGAUGUACGUGGUUUACGUGCAUGUACCCAAAGAUUAUUACAUAAGACUAUUAAUAUUGUUUUUUGUUUUGUUUUUUAAACAAAAUGUCAAGUGUUUUCAUUUGUUUUUGAGAAAUAAAGUACAACAAAAAUAAGUAUAUAUUGUCA